CCACCAAUAAAGACCUCCUCUCUCUCACCCUCUCUCCCACCUGCGAGGAUCUCCUCUAUCCCACCCAAGGGGGGCUUUUCUCCCUCAAAGCUGGAGGUGUCUGGAGUUGCACCUGCCCCAGCAGCCAGUGGACAGAGGAUUGAGAUGGAGUUAGAAGCUGGGAUGGCAGUGCCGAAGUACGAGGAUCUUCAAAUACUGGAGCCUGAAGAGGAGGCAGGAAACAGCGACAAUUCGGAGGAGGUGGAGGAGGAGAUCUGUGAUGUACUGGAGCGGGGGGCCGGGGAGACGUGGGACGAAGAAGGUGGAGGGCACGCCCGCCAACUGGACAACACCGCCGACACGUGCAACAGAGACAGACACACAGUACCUGGCGUCCAGGGGUCAGCCCCAGAGAGCUCAUCCAAUUCCACCAGGACCACGAUUGCCCGGGAAAUGGAGCCCAGUCUCCAUCAGGCUCCCCCCAGCCCUGAGCCGAUUGUGGUUACAAAGGCCGUUCACAGUGCCGUGUGGCUGGAGAAUUCGACAACUCGUGAGGGGCUUCGCAAGCGGACCAGUGACGGCUCAGGGACAAGGUUGGAAGAGGAGGGUCUCCAGGAAGCUGUGCCGCUCUCGUCACUGGCCCAGAGGGUUGAGGACCCUGCCUCUGGCCCCCAACGGCCUCCCGGCCCUCCGUACCUCUUUAUCCUGAUCUGGAUGGCCAUCUACUGUUUGAUUGUCCUGCUACAUCUGGACAUGGACUCACUGAUGCAGUCAGUGUGGAGCUGAUGGUGUCAGUGUGUGCUGUGACCGGGCUUCAAACCUGUUUCUCUGCGCCAUUCGCUCCUGGUCUUUCCUUCCUGUUUUGACUUUCUUUUACCAAAGGUGUCUGUGUGUCUGAGUGUGUGUCAGUGACUAUUCCUCCGCUCCCCCACCCGGAAUAUCAGCCGGCAACUUUGAGCUGGAGAAACUGGGAUCUUGCUUGUGAAUGCCACCACAGGCGGUGUUGAAUGUUCCGUGUUCUAUAUCCCUGCGUGUGUGUGAUGUGCGGAUGUAUGUUUGUCAAACGGAUGGGAAAUGGAGAGUGGGGUGAGUUGGGGUGAGGAGGAGAGUACUUUACACUGAAACCAGCCAUGUUGUUUCUGCUUGAGACCAACAAUGGUCCUUUUUUCUUAUCUGCUUGCAAAUGCUGGAAGCAUUUCUCUUUCAAACGAAGAAAGAACGGUUUGCUUUGACCCAGCUCGGGAUGAAAUGGAAUGAACCCUUACAGAUUGUCACUGGGCACCCGGCAGGUCUUAGUCAACCGGUCAAAUGCUCUGGGACGCUACCCUGUGUGAGGAGCACUAUAUAAAUCCGC